AUGCUGCGAUCCACUUUGAAUGCAAGCCAAAUUCCCGAAUGCACUACGAAUACAUGUAUACAACUAGGACAAUCGCUUUCUGAUUAUAUCAACUAUGACGUCGAUCCAUGCAACGACUUUUAUCAAUAUGCUUGUGGUAACUGGAUCAAGCAUGCAAGCAUACCUGAUGGUCGUGUAGAACGAAGCACGUUUGGCGACAUCAAUCAGCAAAACUCUCUCAUUAUCCAAGGGAUACUUGAACAAAGCUAUGAAGAUUUGCUCCAACAAGAUAUGACAGCUGGUCAAUUUACAUCUACAAUAGAGGAUCGUGACAUGGAUAAGACAAUGUUCGAGACGAUGCAGCGAUUUUAUCAUUCGUGCAUGGAUACGGACACGUUGAACGAACGUGGGCCAUCUCCUAUUUACGACCAGCUAUCUAAGCUUGCCAAGAGUAUGCCAAGUGGUGAUGAAGAAGCAGCAUCAGGGACUAUGCGGUUCAUUAAGCAAGACAAAGAUGAUUCUUUUGUAUCCUCGCCUUCUCCUUUACGCUUGAAAUUUUUGACGGAUUUGGUUAUACAGGCUGCAGAGGAAGGUACAAGUCCAUUAAUUACGUUUGAUGUGGUACCCAACGAUGCGAGCCCAAAAGAAUACGCCAUUGUCAUUAGCCAGCCUGGAUUGACUUUGGGAUCUAAGCGAUACUACACCCAACCCGAAAGACUUGCAGCUUAUCAGGAAGGAUUGGUUGACUUUGUCACACGUGUGCUCUCUCCAGAUAAACAACUAUGGAUCGACAAGGCGCAUCAAGUUGAUUUACAGCUGCAUGAAAAUCGAGAGCAAACCAUAGCAAUGGUGCAACGUGCCGUUGACGUGGAAACGAAAAUUGCAUCCAUGGCAACGGAAGCUGAAGACCUCAUGGAUCCUAUGAAACGGCACAACCCCAUGACGUUGGAAGCAUUGACAACCAAAUAUCCCAUCAUUGCCUGGCAACAAUACCUACGUCAUUUUAUACCUGGUGAUGUUGACGUGCCUGAAAAAGUCAUUGUGUAUGCUCCAUCGUAUUUGGAACAACUUGUCGCAUGGAUAACUCAAGACGACCAGGUGUCUGAUGAGGCUUUGAAGGAUUACUUUUUAUUACACCUGAUGUUUCGAUGGAUCGCAGCAUUGGAUACCGAGACCCAAAAGCUGUUACAAAAGGUUUAUGGAAAAGUGAAAACAGGGAAUUCAAACCUUAGGAGCCGAGAGGAGAUAUGUGUGGCGAGAACCAACAUUGGCUUUGGUCAUCUUGUGGGGCGUUACUUUGUGAUGAAGUCGUUUGGUGGUGAUGACAAGCGUGCCCAUUUUGAUGAUCUUGUCACUAACAUACACAAUACAUGGAUCAAAAGUGUAACGGCUCUUGAAUGGCUAGAUGAGAGCACACGCAAAGAAGCACUUGAUAAGUUGGGUACGCUCCGUCAUUUCCUUGGAUACAACACCAUAUCCCCAGAUAUUCGUUCACCAUCAUCCCUACAUGCCCAUUAUCGAACAUUGCAUGAUGCCAUACAUGACAACAACAACGACUUUUAUGCAGAUGAACUUGCAAUAGCGCGCUUUUUGCAAGGUCAACGAUGGGUGAAAGUGGGCAAGCCGGCUGAUCAAAACGAUUGGCGUAUUGUAUAUCCACAUACUGGCAAUGCUUUUCAAAUACGUCCUCUUAACGCUAUUGUGAUCCCUGCAGGCAUCCUUCAACACCCGGUAUAUGACGCAAACGCAUUAGCUUCCAUCAACUAUGGUACUAUUGGCGUGUUGAUUGGCCACGAGUUGACGCAUGCAUUUGAUGAUACAGGUCGCUUAUUUGACAGCCAUGGACAACUUCAACAAUGGUGGACGAACCAUACUGCAAAAAUGUUUGAUGAGAAAGCCAAAUGCUUUAUUGAUCAAUACAACCAAUUCAAGGUAAUAGGACCCAAUGAUGAAGAAGCAAAUGUAAAUGGGAAGCUCACAUUGUGUGAGAACGUGGCUGACAAUGGUGGUCUGGCUGCUGCAUACAAAUCCCUUCAAGGGGUAUGGGCGGAUGAAGCAUUGACUAAGAACGAGUUGGAUGGAUACAUCAAACUUCCACAUUCAGAGCUCACUCCAGAGCAAUUAUUCUUUUUCGGUGCUGCAAGAACAUGGUGCGCUAAAUCACAACCCCAAUAUGCAUUGCAUCGCGCUUAUACAGACGCACAUGCACCACCCGAGGUGCGCGUUAAUGCCGCAAUGCAAAACUUCCCACCCUUUGCUGAAGCCUUCCAAUGCCCUGUUGGCAGCCCAAUGAAUCCAAAGAAGAAGUGCACGAUUUGGUAG